AAGAGGUCCAAUUCGUUUGGUCCACCCUGGCGCGGUUAGGCCCGACCACACCUGCGGUGCGGUUGGACCGGAGUAGCCUUGCCUAACAGCAAGCCUGCGGCACGAGGGGACAAAUUUUGGUGGUAGCCCCAUAACAAGAGGUCUGCGGAACAGAGAGUUGCGCCAUGUUACUUGAGCCUUUGGACUCUGUAAUCUACACAAAACUCGUCCAACACUCCACCAAGUCUGGUUGUUUCCUCCAUGGCAAACUUGCCCAUACCCACAUCAUCAAAUCUGCCUUCAAGCCAUGCCUUUUUUUACUAAACAAUCUUUUAAAUAUGUACUGCAAAGCUGGUGAAAUGGAUGUAGCUCACCGACUGUUUGACAGAAUGUCUAAACCAAAUCUAGUUUCGUAUAAUUCUUUGAUUUCUGGAUAUACGCAGAUGGGUGCUUUUGAUAAAGCUAUGCAAGUGUUUCUUGAAGCUAGAAAAUCAUGUUUGAAACUUGAUAAAUUCACUUAUGCGGGUGCUCUAAAUGCGUGUGCUCAAACUGGGGGUCUUGAACUAGGGAAGUUAAUUCAUGGCUUGAUUGUGGUAAGUGGAUUGGUUGAGAAAACAUUUUUGACCAACUCGUUAAUUGAUAUGUAUUGCAAAUGUGGAUGUCUCGAUCACGCGAGGUUUCUGUUUGAGAAUUCUAAGGAGUUAGAUGAGGUUUCAUGGAACACAUUGAUUGCAGGUUAUGUUGCUAUGAAUGGAAAGGAAGAGAUGUUGAAACUGUUGAUAAACAUGCAUCGAAACGGGUUGAAUUUGAAUAGUUAUACGAUGGGAAGUGUCUUGAAGGCAUGUUGUACAAUCAUUGACAUUGGGAGAACAUAUGGGGAAAUGCUUCAUGGAUGUAUAAUCAAACUUGGAUUGGAUGUUGAUAUUGUUGUUGGUACGGCAUUGCUUGAUAUGUAUGCGAAAAAAGGAGAAGUUAAUAGUGCUGUCAAAAUUUUUGAAACCAUGCCUGACCGUAAUAUUGUUAUGUAUAAUGCCAUGAUAUCUGGAUUUAUAGAAGCAGAAAGUAUUAGCAAGGAAUGUGCAAAUGAAGCCUUCAGCCUUUUCUCUGAGUUAAAAAGGCAAGGACUGAAGCCCUCAAAAUUUACAUUCUCAAGCAUGCUCAAAGCUUGUUAUGCUGUUGAAGAUUUUGACCAUGGCAAGCAAAUUCAUGCACAAAUAUGCAAGUAUAACUUGCAGUGUGACGAGUUCAUUGGAAGUGCACUUAUUGAACUGUAUUCACUGAUGGGAUCAAGUGAAGAUAGUUUGAAAUGUUUCAGAUCAACUCCCAAGAGAGAUAUUGUCUUGUGGACAUCCAUGAUUGCUGGUCAUGUACAGAAUGGGCAAUUUGAAAGUGCAUUAAAUCUGUUUCAUGAACUGCUGGCAUCUGGAGGAAGACCAGAUGAGUUCAUUAUUUCGAGCAUGUUUAGUGCUUGUGCAGAUUCAGCAACAGCAAGUUUGGGUGAGCAGGUUCAUGGACAUGCCAUAAGAAGCAGCCUUGGGAACUUCAGAAUCGUUCAAAACUCACAGCUUUGCAUGUAUGCAAAGUGUGGUGACAUAGGCUCUGCUGAUCUGACAUUUCGAGAGACGCAGAAUCCAGAUGUGGUUUCUUGGUCAGUGAUGAUCUGUAGCUAUGCACAACAUGGAUGUGCUAGGGAUGCUUUGAACCUCUUUGAGUUGAUGAAGGAACAUGGGAUUGCGCCUAAUCAUAUUACAUUCAUAGGAGUUCUAUGUGCCUGCAGUUAUGGAGGGCUUGUUGAAGAAGGAUUACAAUUCUUUGAAAGCAUGAAGCAUUAUGAUGUUGAAACCAGUGCAGAGCACUAUUGCUGUGUUGUUGACCUCUUUGGUCGCGCUGGAAGGCUAGCAGAGGCAGAAAAUUUCAUCCUUACCUCAUGUUUCAAGGAUAAUGCAGUAAUAUGGCGAGCCUUGUUGAGUGCUUGCAGGGUUUAUAAGGACACGGUAACAGCGAAACAUGCUGCAAGGAAAGUAAUUGAACUUCAACCCCAAGAGGCUGCAUCUUAUGUUCUUGUUUACAACAUCUAUGCUGAUGCUGCAGUAGAACCAUUGGCUGCAAGUGUCAGAGAAAUGAUGGGACGACAAGGGGUGAAGAAGGAACCUGGUCUAAGUUGGAUUUAAGUUGGAAACGUAGUUCAUUCCUUUGCUGUGGUUGAUAUAUCUCACCCUAUGAUUCAAGUAAUUUAUCAAGAUUGGAAGAAAUUUUUGAGAAGGUAAGGAAAUUUGGUUAUGUUGCUGAGAGGACUGCUUCUAGUACAACUGAAGCAAGACCCAAAGGGGGCUCAGUUAUGAACUAUCACAGUGAAAAGUUAGCAAUGACUUUUGGACUUAUUAGCUGGCUAAAAUUAGCUUCAGUUAGGGUGAUGAAAUUUUUGAGAGCCUGCCCUGAUUGUCACACAACAAUGAAGCUCUUGUCAAAAGUGGAAAUGAGAGAAAUAAUUCGCAGAUAUCCAAUUUGUUUUCACAGUUUCCUAGAAGUUUCUUGUUCUUGUAGAGAUUACUAGUAGUUGCAAGAGGUUAGAUUGUUCAAUUGUUCCGUGAAACAGUGUAGUUUUUGUAAUGGAUCUGGAAGGGAGAUGAUGCACUGAAUUGGGGAAGAAGUUGCAGGAAAUAAAAUAUGAAAUUUAAAGGUGAGCACCUGAUAUGUGAGAAACAGAUUAGAAAAAGCUGUUUGGACACAAACCUCUGCCUAAGAGAUAAGCCAGUUGUAAGUGCAACGUGAGUGGAAAGAGAUAGGUAUGCAUCAAACCUCAACAAUUUUUGUUUUCUUAAAUGGAAAUACAUAUUCUUGAGAAAGUUCAGCUGCUUCUGAUCAGUUUCUAAAUGGGAGAUUAUGCUUAUUUAAAAGAAAGAUUUUCCAGGAACCACAAGAUGCACUAGAAUAAAUGUCAUUAGUAACAAAUAACCGCAUUUCUAAAAGCACGCACUAGACAGGAGAAAAGUUUUUGAUUAAGUGGUAGUUAUCUUAUCUGAAGAUUAUUGCCCUCCUCUUACAGAUUACCUGCUAAAAGUUAAUGGUGCGAUUCUCAACACUUGGAUUAAGUCUCGCCUUUCAUUUGGGUUAUAGCUUCUCAUAAUGCACCUAUUAAACUAGGCCAUCAAACAAAAGAAGCCAUGGAGUUGGAUAGUGGUAGAAAUACAUUAUUGGUUGGUCUUUGUAAACUGCUUCCAAAUAUACUGAAUUAUGAUCUUUCCUU